AUGGCAUUAUUCCAAUCUAUUCCUUUCUCUGCCACUGAGUUCCUUCUGGCUGCCUCCAUCUUCUGCUUCGUAUUCUGGGUGGUCAGGGCCUGGAAAUCACAGGUCCCCAAAGACCUAAAGAGUCCCCCAGGGCCCUGGGGCUUGCCCCUGAUCGGGCAUGUGCUGACCCUGGGGAAAAACCCACACCUGGCACUGACCAGGCUGAGCCAGCAGUACGGGGAUGUGCUGCAGGUGCGCAUCGGCUGCACGCCCGUGGUGGUACUGAGCGGCCUGGACACCAUCCGGCAGGCCCUGGUGCGGCAGGGCGAUGACUUCAAGGGCCGACCUGACCUCUACAGCUUCACCCUGGUCACUGAUGGCCAGAGCAUGACCUUCAACCCUGACUCUGGCCCUGUGUGGGCUGCCCGCCGGCGUCUGGCCCAGAAUGCCCUCAACACCUUUUCCAUAGCCUCAGAUCCAGCCUCUUCAUCCUCCUGCUACCUGGAGGAGCACGUGAGCAAGGAAGCUGAAGCUCUUCUCAGCAAGUUGCAGGAGUUGAUGGCUACGGCUGGGUGCUUUGACCCCUACAGUCAUGUGGUAUCAUCAGUGGCAAAUGUUAUCGGUGCCAUGUGCUUUGGGCAGCAUUUCCCCCAGAGCAGUGAGGAACUGCUCAGCCUUGUGGAGAACAGCCAUGAGUUUGUGGAGACUGCUUCCUCUGGAAACCCCGUGGACUUCUUUCCCUUCCUUCGUUACCUGCCCAACCCCGCCUUGCAGAGGUUCAAGUCCUUCAACCAGAGGUUCUUACGUUUCCUGCAGAAAACAGUCCAGGAACACUACCAAGACUUUGACAAGAACAGUGUCCAGGACAUCACGGGUGCCCUGUUCAAGCACAUCGAGAAAGGCACCAAGGUCAACGGUGGCCUAAUCCCUCAGGAGAAGAUUGUCAACCUUGUCAACGACAUCUUUGGGGCUGGGUUUGACACAGUUACAACAGCCAUUUCCUGGAGCCUUAUGUACCUUGUGACGAAACCUGAGAUACAGACGAAGAUCCAGAAGGAACUGGACACAGUGAUUGGCAGGGCGAGGAAGCCCCGGCUUUCUGACAGACCUCAGCUGCCUUACAUGGAAGCCUUCCUCCUGGAAAUGUUUCGACACUCCUCCUUUGUUCCUUUCACCAUUCCCCACAGCACAACAAAGGACACAACUCUGAAUGGCUUCUACAUCCCCAAAGAGUGUUGUAUCUUUGUAAACCAGUGGCAGGUCAACCAUGAUGAGAAGCUCUGGGGGGAUCCAUCUGAAUUCCGGCCAGAGCGAUUUCUCACUGCCAAGAGCAACACCAUCAAUAAGACUCUGAGCGAGAAAGUGAUGCUCUUCGGAAUGGGCAAGCGCAGGUGCAUCGGCGAGGUCCUGGCCAAGUGGGAAAUCUUCCUCUUCUUAGCCAUCCUGCUGCAGCGGCUGGAGUUCAGCGUGCCCCCAGGCAUAAAGGUGGACCUCACUCCCAUGUAUGGGCUAACCAUGAAGCAUGCCCGCUGCCAGCAUGUCCAGGCACGUCUGCGAUUCUCCAUCAAGGGCUGA